GUUCUACUCUUCAUGUCUAAUUUAUUUUCCAGAUGAAGAAAUCAAUCAAUAUGAUGGAACUCUGUUUGGCAUUGAUCGUUUUCCUACAAGUGCAUCCCCAGAUAUCUGCUUACAGUUACGACAGUGAAUUUUAUUUCGACCAAAAACUUGAUCAUUUUGACAAAUCAAACAACAAAACAUGGCAGCAACGCUACUACUACAAUGAUUAUUACUACACCCUUCAAACGGAGGCGGGCUAUCCCAAGGUCCCAUUGUUCCUGAUUGUCGGUGGUGAGAAGGCUGUCAUAGACGGAGGUUACACCUCAAACUCACCCAUGUAUCAUUUCGGCAUUGAAUACAGGGCUCUUGUGAUGCAUCUGGAGCACAGAUACUAUGGCAAAAGCAAACCCACUGCUAAUUUGAGUACAGAAAACCUGAAAUAUCUGAGCAGCCGGCAAGCGAUUGAGGACAUAGUUUACUUCACAGACGAAAUGAAGAAGAAGUUCGGGAUGAAGUGCAAUAAUGAAGUGGUGCUCUUUGGCGGCUCCUAUCCGGGUGCUCUAGCCGCCUGGGCGCGAAACAUGUAUCCUCACAAAUUCAGCGUGGCGCAUGCGUCUGGAGCACCUAUACAGGCUAUAUUUGAUUUCUCUGGUUUUAGUAAUGUGGUGAGAAAGUCGAUUGAACUCUACGAUGAAAAUUGUGUAUCAGUAAUUGAACAGGGAGCAAAAAAGCAGCAAGAACUGAUGCAAACUCAGGAUGGCUUGAAAAAUCUUACUACAAAGUUCAAGACAUGCAGACCACUAGAAAAAGAUGAUCUAAAUAAACAAGCGUUCUUUCAAAAACAAAUCAGCAUGAUCUCGACUGUGGCUCAAUACAACGGGACCGGUACUCAGGACAUACCAGCCAUGUGCAAACUGUUGACGGAGGGUUAUAGUGAUGAGGACGAACCCAUUGAUAAACUGGCCAAAUACGUUAUAACCACCACAAAACUCACACAGAAUGAGUCGUGCACCGGGUACAAUUACCAUAGUAACAUUAAAUAUUUGAAGGAAACUGACUGGAAGGAAGGUGGAACCUCUCGUCAAUUUUUAUGGCAAGAAUGUACGGAAUUUGCAUGGUUCUUGACUUCAAACCAAAAUAGCAGUUUGUUUGCUAAUACAUUGGGUACAGACUUUUACAUUAAACAGUGUGCCGAUGUUUUUGGUGAUAAAUUCACAAAAGCAUUUAUAGAAGAAGAGAUCAAAAGUACAAAUUCAUAUUACGGUGGGCGACGUAACUACAACCAAAGCAAGUGUUUGUUCACUCAAGGACAGCUUGAUCCAUGGCAGGCCGCUGGCAUCACAGAAGACAAUGAUAAGAAAGGAUAUAAAGCACUGAUCAUGAAGAAUCUUGGGCACGUGAGAGAUCAGGAAGCUGAGAGCGAUAGCGAUCCACCAGAGCUGGUGGAAGCGAGAGAGGACAUCAAAAAAGUUCUUAGGGGAUGGAUUGAAGCUUUCAAUUUCGGACAAAAUCCCAAUACCAUUCCUCCCAUAGACUGUGGUGAUUGAUUACCACAUAAUGUCAAAUUUUCAAUUGAUAACUUAACAAAUAAGCAACUCAAGAGAAACGAUAAAACCCAACUCUGAAUGUUAAAACCAGCAUAAUAAUAUAACCUUAUUCUGUAAAAGUUGAGAUAAGCACAGAUGAGAAUAAAUGACUGUACAACAUUUUGAUAAAAUUUCUAAUUAUUAUAUAGAUCAAUUUA